GGGGUAUUUAUAGCUACGGUCGCAGCUUGCCCUCUUGCAUGUAAUUCGACCCCGAAGCACUGGGGCCUCCCACGCAUCUGAGGACAGAGGUCCAAGCUUGUUCUGCCAAAUAUCAGGCCCUCAGUCCUGCCAGUGGGAACCAGCCAUUUCUCCCUUCGACCCCAAAAGCCCGUACUCCAGCCCCCUCCUCACUCAGAACCAGAAGUCCGGGACUCCAGUUUGAACUUUUCACUCCCCUGAAUCCGACUCCUGCUGCUGCGUCAGGGAAAAAGCGACAGGUGGCACCUGCCUGCAGGGCCGGGACGCGACCACCUGCCCCUGCUGCUCACCCGGCGUCCCUCUCCCGGCACCUGCUUCUGUCAGUCUGCCCGCCGCUGCCCCGCCCGACCCCGUAGUCCCAGGACGAGGAGGAGGAGCAAGCCAGGGAACCCCGACGUGCGCCCCGCCCCGGGGCCUCCCAGCCCGCGCUUCUGCCCCUUCUCAGGGUCCCGGGGGGGCUCCCGGCACGCCCCCGAAAGGGGGGUCUGAGGCGGUCCCAGGCUGGUGGGCGGGGCCUGUGGCCUCCAGCCUAAACCGUGGGACACAACCCGCUGCAGAGUACAGCUGCGCCGAGCCCACCUGUCCAGGUCCCCAUCCCAGCCUUGGCAAUGACCCUGGCGGCCUCCUCCCAGCGCUCCCAAAUCAUUCGCUCCAAGUUCCGAUCUGUCCUCCAGCUUCGGAUCCACAGACGGUAUCAGGACCCAACCUUGUUCCUCCCUGCCUGGCCUGCUGCCGGCGGCCUCUCAGGCUUCUUCACUGCUUCUCCAGUCUCAGAUCCAGAUCCGUGGAUCUCAGCCUCAGGCCCAGCUCUGGCUCCGGCCCCAGCCUUGCCCGUGGGUCCUGCUCCUUCCCUCUUCAGCCCUGGGGUCCUGCUCCCUGAGCCAGAAUACUGCCCUUGGAGGUCCCUGAAGAAGGAGUCUCCCAAGAUCUCCCAACAAUGGAGGGAGCCCAAGCCGGAGGGGAACUUGACACACCACCAGUACAUGCCCCCAGAGCCAAGACAAGGGUCCAGGACAGACCCUCAGACCGAAAGGUCAGCCCUAGCUCCUCCUGGGUCACCUCUGUGGGAAGGGACAAACUCACAGCAGCCACCUCCUAGGAUGAAGCCCACUCCCGUCACUGCCUCCCCACCAGGAAUCCCCAGCCCCUCGCCCCCUCCACACAAGAUGGAACUUCAGACUCUUAAACUGGAGGAGCUGACGUCCUUCCUCUCUCGGUUUCCAAAGGUCCAGUCCCGGCUCCCGCCUACGCCCCGGAGCCCGCCCAGCACGGCCUCUCCCCGCCCUCCACCCCAGGUCUCGGAGCUCCGGCAGCAGCUGCGCCUGCGGGGCCUCCCGGUGUCCGGGACCAAGUCGAUGCUCCUGGAGCGCAUGCGCGGCGACGCCACGCCCCGUGAGCGGCCGAAGCCGCGGCGCGAGGACAGUCCCGCUGGGGCUCGCUGGCCGCGUCUCAGGCCUAAGACGCAGGGAGCCGCCCGGCGGCCGGGUUCGUUGAAGCCCAGCUCAGCAUCUCACCAGCCGCCUCUUCCACGUGCCGCGGAAACCCUUGUGACAGCUCCGGCUCCGGCUCCAGCGCUGACCCCUUCCUCAGCACCAGCAUUGGUGGCUCUGACUCUGGAGGAGGAGCUUCAGGAAGCGAUCCGCAGGGCGCAGGUGAGAGGGAGAGGGCUAGGGUUCUCUGGUCAGGAUCUGAGCCCGGAGUCUCAGGGUCACGCUGCUUCUGCCUGUCCGCAGUUGCUUCCGAACCGGGGCAUCGAUGACAUCCUGGAGGGCCAGGUGGAGCCUAAUGACCCGCUGCCCCCCAUUCCUCUGGACUUCCCCGGCUCCUUUGACGUGCUGUCCCCCUCCCCGGACUCUGAAGGCCUCUCAUCUGUCUUCUCUUCCUCACUCCCAUCUCCCACGAGCUCCCCAUCCCCCUCUCCGAGGGGCCCCACAGACUCCUUGGACUGGCUGGAGGCUCUGAGUGGGGGUCCCCCGCUGGGCAAUGGCCCCCCAGCCCCCAGCAUCUUCUCUGCUGACUUAUCUUACCCCAGUGGCACCCGGCUGUGGGACCUGCUGGAGGAUCCAUGCUGAUGGAUUCUGGGGUUUCCAGGGACUGAGACCUGGUGGGGAUGGGGAGGUCACAGAGACAGACUCUCUGAGGGAGGGGUUGGAACAACCAGCAGAGCCCCUCCCACCACAGACGAAGACAACUUUCUUCCCCACCUGGCCCUGGCACUGCUGCUGAUGUGCCAACCACCUUGCUCCGCCUGCCUAAUCUCCAUGUGAUCCCCUCCAUGGUUGUGUGGUUGGGGCCGGGGAGGUUUCAUUUGCUGCUGGUCAGGGUAAACAAGUUGCUUGCUACUUCCUGCAGAGAACUCAUGGAUGUCUUUGUUCCCACCUUCUUCCCCCCUAUCCCCCUGACUAGAUGGCUGCCUGUUGCCGGGGAGUCUGGAAGGUGGUCUGUGCUUUCUAGAUGCAGGAGAGGGGCAGGGAAGAGCAGAGAGGAGAAGAGGGAGCCAGACCCUGGCUUCUGGUUGGCGAUGAGAAAGUCAGAAGCGUUGUGUCUGAGGUCAGAAUCUCUUGGAAGCAGAGCCUGAGACGAGAUUCACAUGCCUGUGAUUUAUGAAAGAAAUGCUUCCAGGAGGAACCGAAAAGGAGUGGAUGAAAAAAGACAGUGAAGGGGACGAAGACCAGCAAGAGGGUGACUUCAGAUGAAGUCCCAAACUCAGCCUGAUCCCCCGGGGAGCUCUGGAGGACAAAUUAAGUUGCAGAGUCUUUCCCACCUCGAGAGAAAGGGAACUGGGCCUUUGAGGCAAAGGGAGAUCCCUGUUUGGGUUUAUUAUCACUGAAUUCCAACCACCCCAAAGCUUAGAGUCUUAAAAUAAUAACUGUCUGUGAUCACUCACAAUUCCAUGGGUUGACUGGGCUCAGGGAGGCAGUUGUUGGGCAACAUAUGAUGUCAGCCAGGGCUGUGGUCAUCUUAGGGCCCAACCAGGCUGCAACAUCCAAGAUGGCGCCCUCAGCCGUGUCUGGUGCCUUGGCAAGAUGGCUAUUAGGCUGGACCCAACUGGGCUGUGGGACAUCUGGACUUCUCUCAUUCUCUGUGUAGCCUCAGUGUUCUCCCUGUCCAUGUAGUCUCUCCAACGGGGUAGCUGAACUCCUUACAUGGUAGCUCAGGGCUCCCCAAAACAAGCAUUCCUAGGGGAGGAAGCAGAAGCCGCCAGUCUCUUAAAGACUAAGCUUGGAACUCACAGUGUCACUUCCACCACAUUCGAUUGGUUAAUGCAAGUCAGGCCAUCCCAGGCUGAAUAGGGGAGGGACCACACAAAUGUGUGCAUAUCAGGGGCGUGGUUACUGAGGGCUGUAUUUAGAGACUUGCUACUACACCCCUCUCAGCAGUCGUGGGCCGUGGGUCCCGAGAAGCGGGCAGGACAUAAACUCCCGGGCACCUGAAGCCCAUGGGCAGUUCUGGGGAGAAGGGCACAGGGUAAGCCAUUAGCAGCAAAGCGUUUGAAAAUGUAGGUAUUAUUAUUCAGAUAUGGUGAGACCAACAGAUCAGGAGAUGAUUGCCAUUGAAAAGAUAGUUUGUUAUUCUCACAGAUCCCAAAAGAAGGGGAUGCGCCAAGCCAUGCAGGGCCACAUGGGGAAGCACCACAGUAGCCAGGAUGCAGAAGGAGAGAGGGGAACCAUGGGCAAGAGUCUUUAUGGUAGUUUCCUCUGGAAGGAACAGACGAGGCAAGGUAAGCAGGCUUAGGAUUGUUUAGUUUGACUAAUGUCAGCAGGCUCUGGGGUGUAGGGGCUGUCCAUAGUUGUCUGGAACCUGGCCCUGGAGUGCUUCGGCAGAACCAUGGUGGUCUGGAGUAUAAGAGCUCCGUAAAGGAAGUGGUUGGGGGUCUGGGCUCUGGGUCGGCUGCCUUGCCUAGGAGAGAUCCACUCACAGGUAAGCCCUUCAUUAUCUCUAGGAAUUGGCUAGCCUGGGGAGGGACAGUCCCUCCAAUGUCAACAAGGCCCCAGCUGUCAAGGCACCAGAAAUAUGGAAAAUAAAAAGGCAUGAUUAAUGCACAAGGCACACAGUAGCUGGGAGCUGGGUGCACAGAGCUGGAAAGAGAAAUCUGAAGGGACCUGGGCGGGCCACCAACAGUGUCUGCCACAGUUGGAAAAGGACACCAGACCAGUUACGGGCAACAGGACCUAGAGCCAGUGACUUUCCCUCAUCUUGCUGUCAGUUUCCUCAUCUGUACCUACAGCCCAGGGUGGAUGAGGGUGUUCACUGAGACUGUCCAUGAACUGGACCUGGCAUGUGACAUGUGCUAAUAAACACUUAUCAUCGUUUUUA